AUGGAGAUCAUGGACCUUGACCAGGACUGUUUUCUAGUGAAACUCAGUAAUGAACAGGACUACUUCAGAGCUCUUACAGACGGUCCAUGGACAAUUUUUGACCACUACUUGGCAGUGCAGCAAUGGUCUUCGAGCUUCAAGGUUUCUGAUCCACUCCCGAGAAAGAUGAUUGUCUGGGUUCAAUUUCCGGCUCUGAAAAUUCACUUCUAUCACAAAGAAAUCCUGACCUCCCUCGGCAAUCUCCUCGGAAGAACGAUCUGUUUGGAUUUCCAUACUCUGACUCUACAACGAGCGAAAUUUGCUAGGAUAGCUGUUGAAGUAGAUCUGUCCAAGCCCCUGGUACCUCGGAUUUGGUUGGACGAUGCCUGGCAGAAAGUCGAAUAUGAAAAUCUCCCCGAUGUGUGCUUCGAAUGUGGGAAAAUUGGGCACUCCUCCCUGCUCUGUCCCAAGCUGCGGCUGCAAACUCCUCCGCCGAUAUUAGCCAUCACCGGCAGUGAGACUCCGGCAAGCGAGGCAGAACAAGGAGGGGAGGAAUCGACUCCGGGAUUUGGGCCCUGGAUGCUCCUUUCCCGCAAGAGCAGGCGGAAUUCGCGGGAUCCAUCACAGAAAGGGAAACUUGAAUCCUUCUCGAGAAACGCCAACGGUAAUAUGUCAACGAAACAAGGAAAGCAAGAGGUUUUGCAGAAGGAAGGUGGAAGGGCAGCCCCGAUAUCCCCGCCGAUCACCCCACACUCACCCCAACGAGCAUCCAAUCAAGACAAGAAAGGCGGAACGAGAAAGAAACACACAGGGGAAAAAAAGGAAAAGAACCAGCUUCAACUGCGGUAA